UUAAAGACGUACUUUCAGUAGCAGAAGCCGGAAGUAUUGUAGGGUAAACUCACGUGCACAACAUGAAAAAUACAAAAAAGCACAACAUGAAAAAUACAAAAAAGCACAACAAUUUUCCCCAAAAGGGUACAUUUAAGUCCGGAUCCAAGAAAAGAGAAAACAAAUGCAUCGUAACGUUUGACGACAACGAGAGACAGAACUAUUUAACUGGUUUCCAUAAACGUAAAGUGGAAAGGAGGAAAAUAGCAGUGUCAGAAAUUCGGAAGAAAAUCAAGGAAGAGCAGAUCAGAGUCCGAGAAGAAAGGCAUAAGGAAUACAUCAAGCUGCUGAAGGAGAGGACAGACGCUCUUACGGAGGCUGAAGGUGAUCUGGAAGAUGUGAUAACCGGUACAACCGAGUCUGUGCAGUACGAUCACCCCAACCACACCGUCACCGUGACAACCAUCAGUGAUCUUGACCUCUCAGGGGCUCACCUGCUUGGACCCGUAGCAAGUGAGGUUAAUGAGGAGUGCAAGGAUGAAGAAAAGGUGGAGGGGGAGGUGAAGGAGGAAACAAAAGCAAUGCCAAGAAAAGCUGGGAAUCCAAUCAUGAACAAAAAGAUCCGCACCCUCUCUGCGUCGCUCAACACGGUCACCAGCAAGCAGCAGAAGAGGAAAGGGAAGCAGGAAGGCCGAAGUGUACGAGGCCGUCAGACAGACAAGAAGCAGAGUGCCACGGAGGGGAAAAACAGAGCCGGGAGGACAACCAAGUGGCGGAGACGUCGAAUGACUGGGAAAAAGGUGCAUCAUCGGAAGUGAAAGACUGUGAAGAGACUUCUUGUGUCAGAAUCCCACAGGCGAACUUCGGAGUAUUUAUGCUCCUGUGUUUGGGCGGAAAGUGUAUACGUUUGUAAAAUGAACACAAGCUGACGUGGACGUUCAGUGUACCGCGCUGGACCGACUUUCAUGACCGCUCAACACUUCCCACUGUAUCUGCCUCUUGAAAUCUUGUGCUCAAACUGAUUUUGAAGUGUUAUUUCUUAAAAGUAUACAAACUGAACUGUAUUUACCUUCAUUUUCAUUAAAUAAAAGAUUUCUAAUAAG